CGCCGCCUGGGUGGCCGCGGGUGAAGUGCGCCGGGGGCCCUCAGAGAUCUGGCCUUCGGAAGGUUCCUCUUGCUGCCGCGGCUGUGCAUGGAGGAUGAUGGAGAAGAGCAAUGGCAUGAAGGCUUCCCCUGCCAACCACCAGUCCCAGGCACCUGUGAAAACUGCCACCGAUAGUGACCCAGAACACACUGAGCUCAGCAGCCACAGCAGAGUUCCUUCGCGUGGUGAUGACACUUCCUCAGAGCUGCAACGUGUGGCUGCUUUGGACGAUGUGGAUGAGAAAUCCCACAAGAAAGGGGGCCUCUCCAGGAUAGCGCGGCUAGUGAUGGUCCUCCGGGGCUGGGCAAAUAAAGGCCUGAAAGAAGAGGAAGAGCGGCCAGACUCAUUCCUGGAGCGCUUCCGAGGGCCAGACGUGAAGACCCUGGCAGCAGCCACAGCUGGGGGAGACGGCCUUGAAGAUCAGGAGAAAAGGAAAAGGAAGAAAUGGAAAGUCUUUGUGGUGAAUCCUGCAGGGGACUGGUACUAUCGCUGGCUUCUGGUCAUUGCAGUGCCUGUUCUGUAUAACUGGUGCAUGUUGGUAGCCCGAGCCUGCUUCAGCGACCUCCAAAGAAAGUACUGGCACUGGUGGCUGAUUCUAGACUACACCGCAGACAGCAUCUACAUUGCAGACAUUGUCAUCCGACUGCACACAGGUUUUCUUGAGCAGGGAUUACUUGUCAAAGACUUCAAGAAGCUGCGUGAUAAGUACAUUGCCACCAUGCAGUUCAAGCUGGACGUCCUCUCCAUUUUGCCCACAGACUUUGCCUAUUUUGCCGUUGGCUUACAUCGCCCCGAGGUGCGCUUCAACCGGCUGCUGCAUUUCUCCCGCAUGUUUGAGUUCUUUGAUCGGACUGAGACAAGGACCAGCUACCCAAACAUAUUUAGGAUCUGCAACCUGGUGAUGUAUAUCUUGGUCAUCAUCCAUUGGAACGCCUGCAUUUACUAUGCCAUCUCAAAGGCCAUUGGCUUUGGAGAGGACACCUGGGUUUAUCCCAACAUAUCUGAUCCAGAGUAUGGAUAUUUGACAAGGGAGUACAUCUAUUGCCUCUACUGGUCCACGCUGACCUUGACCACCAUCGGGGAGACUCCUCCCCCUGUGCGUGAUGAAGAGUAUCUCUUUGUCAUCUUUGACUUCCUGAUUGGUGUCCUCAUCUUUGCUACCAUUGUGGGAAAUGUGGGAUCCAUGAUCUCCAACAUGAAUGCCACCAGGGCAGAGUUCCAGGCCAAGAUCGAUGCAGUCAAGCACUAUAUGCAGUUCCGCAAAGUGAGCAAGGAUAUGGAGGCCAAGGUCAUCAAGUGGUUUGAUUACCUCUGGACCAACAAGAAGACUGUGGAGGAGUGGGAGGUGCUCAAGAACCUUCCCGACAAGCUGCGGGCAGAGAUAGCCAUCAACGUCCACCUUGACACUCUGAAGAAAGUGAGGAUCUUCCAGGACUGUGAGGCUGGGCUCUUGGUGGAACUGGUGCUCAAGCUCCGCCUCCAGGUUUUCAGCCCAGGUGACUAUAUCUGCCGGAAAGGGGACAUUGGCAAGGAGAUGUAUAUUAUCAAGGAAGGGAAGCUGGCUGUGGUGGCAGAUGAUGGCGUGACCCAGUAUGCGCUACUAACUGCAGGAUGCUGCUUUGGGGAGAUCAGCAUUCUCAACAUUAAAGGAAGCAAAAUGGGGAAUAGGCGGACAGCAAACAUACGGAGCAUUGGCUAUGCGGACCUCUUCUGCCUCUCUAAGGAGGACCUCAUGGAAGCAGUGACUGAGUAUCCAGAGGCCAAGAGAGUCCUGGAGGAACGCGGCCGAGAGAUCCUCACCAAGGAAGGUCUGUUGGAUGAAGCAGCCACAGCAGAAGGCAUAGAAGGGAUGGACGUGGGACAGAAGUUGGACAGGCUGGAGACCAGCUUGGAGACGCUGAACAGCCGGUUCUCCCGCCUCUUGGCUGAAUACGAUGCUGCACAGAUGAAGCUCAAGCAGCGCAUCACCUCCUUGGAGACCAAAGUGAAGCAAGACCACCAGGAUGACUUUUUUUCUGUGGGCUCCAUCAGCCCACCGGGGGGCGACGAGAAAGCCAAACCUUGAGACCUGUUGCUGCCGUCUUGAUUUGAGGCAGCAUUUCUUUACGUCUGAUACUCACCAAGACUGCCUUGCAAUCGCUCUGUCUCUCCAGACUGCGGCUGCUCCACGUCUGGCUCUUUUCCCCUCUCCCGGCUUCUCUCACUUGGCUUUGUUCCUCUUUU